AAUCCUAUGUGAAAUCCGUAUUACAUACCUGAACAAUUGCUGUUCUUGAGUGGUAAAAAUACCGUAAAUCCUAUGUGAAUGCAGUUCUACACAUCUAAACCAUUGUUGUUAUUGUGGAGCACUCCUCUACAGUAGGUGGCGGUGUUGUACUUUCAAUUGAAUUGCACGGUCCAGUUUAUGAUUACAUUACUGUGAAGAUGACGAAAAAAACUAUCUCAACAGCUACUUACAAACAAAGCAAGCUAGCGAUGUUUAGUUUAUGAUAUGCUUGUAUCAAUUUUACUAGCUAGAUAGAUAAUUGUGAAUUAUCAUAAUAUAGAAAAACAAAAACACUGUUUCAUUGAAAAGGGGCCAAAAGCGUCGGGGGACAAUGUCGGGCUCCGUUGCCGAUUUCCAGGCGCAGAUAGCCUCGAUCAUGGAGGUGCUAGCCAACGCGGCUGUAGCCGAAAUCUGCAAAGUUGUUGACGAUGGUUAUGCGGUUGUACAUCUGGAGAUGACUCAAAGCCACAAGGAGAACGAAUUUCUCCGGAGGAAAAUGAAAUUGAUGGAACUUCAGGUCGCGAGGUUUCGAGCAGAGAGAACAAAGUCUUCAGAGGGGUCCGUCCACAAUCGCUUCCAUGGAAUACGCCUCCUAAACAGACACAACCAUCGAGAAACUGCAACGACAGGACCUACUUGGCAAAGCAGAGCCAGACUUUCCAACAGGAGUUUUGGGAACAGCAGCAUUCAAAGAGACAGACAGCCCAUAGACGUGGACCAAGAGGAUGUCUCUCCAUCAAAGCAUAUGGAUGCUACAAGUGAUGAGUCAGCAGAGACAGAGGAAGGGCAACCAGACCUGCUGAUCAUCAAGGUGGAGGGAGAAGCAGAUGACCAGGACUCUAGGAUCAGCCACCCAGCUAGAACAGUGGAGGGCAGCAGAGAACUAACCACCCAACCGGCUGCAGCCACAACAGAGGACACCGCCUUCCAGUCCAGUGGCCCCAGAGGCAACAACAACUACAACACCGCUAUGGAGCAGUCAGCAGAGACAGAGGAAGGGGAACCAGACCUGCUGAUCAUCAAGGAUGAGGGGGAAGCAGAUGACCAGGACUCUAGGAUCAGCCACCCAGCCAGAACAGUGGAGGGCAGCAGAGAGCUAACCACCCAACCGACUACAGACCCUGCCUUCCAGCCCAGAGGCAACAACAUCAACACAGCUAUGGAGCAGACAGAAGAAGGGGAAUCAGACCUGCUGAUCAUCAAGGUGGAGGGAGAAGCGGAUGACCAGGACUCUAGGUUCAGCCACCCAGCUAGAACAGUGGAGGGCAGCAGAGAACUAACCACCCAACCGGCUGCAGCCACCACAGAGGACCCCGCCUUCCAGUCCAGUGGCCCCAGAGGCAACAACAACUACAACACCGCUAUGGAGGUCAGUGGAUCUGACGUCGUCCUUGGCUUUUCCCCCAAGUCAUACCAUUCCUCAUCAGAACAUGUGAUAGUGAUUGACUCUGUAUCCAGUGGGCAGCAGGUAGAUAGAGAUUUUGAGUGGGGUCAGGUGGGUACAUCUACUACACCACAGGUCAAUGGGUCUGGAAAUAAGCAGGGAGUGGGAGGGUUUAACAGAAACGCACCAUCGAUUCACCCUGUACACCACAAAUCAAUGAGAGACAACACUAUGCAGUUGGUUUCACCCGGAUUCCGUCCCACAGAGAUAAAUACAAGCACCCGUCUUGACGCAGGAAAUACAGGUGAGGCCAAUAAAGCUAGUUUGCGCUCAUUGCCAAGCCUCCAUAGACACUCUGAAAUACCAGGAAGAGGAGCUCAACAACCAGCUCAUACCUCACUUCCUGUCGGCCAUUUUAGACCAAGUGCCACAACUUCCUCUCACUCAAGUAAUCUUGCUAAUCACAUUAGACCUGGCACCAUAGAACGACCGUACGGUUGCCCGAGCUGCCAUAAGAAGUUUGUUCACGAGAGUGACUUGCUGCAGCACGUCGUCAUCCACACCAGAAAGCGGGUGUUCGCCUGCACCUUGUGUGAGAAGAGCUUUGUGUCCCCCAGCAAGCUCCAAGUGCACCAGAACGUCCACACUGGGGAGAAGCCCUUCAGUUGUGCACAGUGCGGGCGCAGGUUCUCCCAAUCCAGCAAUCUGAAUAGACAUCAGAAGCUUCAUCAUUGAAAACUGACACAGAAGCAAGAGAUUCCUAUUGUUGGGUUCUGAGAAUAUGAAAUAUACUUAUUCAUGUCACAGAGGGGGAGAGGGUAAUGUAUAACAGUUACAUUAUGUCAGGAUAUGUCACAGAGGGGGAGAGGGUAAUGU